AUGAAUAAACAUAAACAUAAUAUUAAUGACUUUCGCAAAUAUAAAGAUAAAGUUAAUUAUCUUAUAUCACUUCAAUCUAUCUAUCUUGCAUUACUUAAUAAAUAUGCAACAAUAGAAUUAAAACGAAGAUCAGUUAAAUCAACAGUUACAUUACCAUUUCUUUGUGUUUCAAGAAUAACAUUUUCACAAUUAGAUUCUAUUUUAGUUUGGAAAUUUAUUGAAGAUAAAAUACAUCAUAUAUUUGUUUUGGAAACAAAAAAUAACAUUGGUAAAACAAUAGCAGCAUCUCAUAUUAAGAAAAAUAGGUUAAAUAUAUCUAUUCAACUCCUUGAAGAUUUCUUAUUUGAAAAAGGUUACCGUUAUAUGUAUUCAUUAUUUUAUAGAAAAGAUGGGACUAUUGCUGGUGAAGUUAAUAUUGGUAUUUAUUGUAAUAAUAUAUUAAAAUAUGAUAUAAAUGCAAUUAAAACAAUAGGUUCUUCAAUUAAUCAUUAUUUAACUGAUCAAUUAAAAAAUAAUCCUACUCUUGACAUUACUAAAGGUGAUCCUAUCAUAUAUAAUUUGUUAAACAAAUAA